UCUACAGUAAUUGGAGAAACAGGAUCAACACGUGUGUUAAGCAAUGGAGCACUAGUAGCAAGUGAUAUGCGUGACGAGGAGCAUUAUACUUUCAGUGCAUCAAGCGAUGUAGGGAGCGACAGUGAGUCAAUCUCGUUCGUACCUGCAAUUGCUCCUGCACUGAAUAGAGAAAGUGAGGGACAGGAUAGUGACCCCCUGCCGGAUAAAGAUUUGGAUUACAUAGUUGGACAGAGGGCUAGAGUCCGUCCUGGUAGGACCGUAACUGUCCAAGCUCCAGCUAGAGGUCGACCAACACCUAACAUCUCCUGGAGGCUUCCGAGUGGAAGAAGACUUGGAGUUGGUGAGAGGUACGGACGAUAUGGCGUGAUGAGCAACGGAGCGUUACAAAUAAGAGACGCAAGACCAUCAGACACAGGGACUUACCGAGCCAUAGCCAGUAGCCGUGCUGGCGACAACGUUGUCGACAUGUCUGUUCAAGUUGUCGCUCCAGUUGAGAUCAGCUUUAAUCCUGCGGACAACGUGUACAGUGAUGGUGUUCAUAUUGCGGCGUCUUCUUCUGGAGAAGUUGUGGUCAGACGUGGUUCUGAUUUGUCUGUUGUAUUUGGCGCUGUUGGAGUUGGGGCAGAAGACAUCAGAUGGACGAAAGAUGGCUCUGCACUACCACUGGAUGAAGACAAUAGAUUGACAGUGACGCAAACAUCCGAAGGAAGUCAAUUAACAGUGACUAAUGUUAAUGCAAGCGACAGUGGCUCGUACGUUGCGGAGGCCAGUAGGAAUGGAGAGGUAGCAUCUGCUUCUCUUGAUGUCAGAGUGGCCGGAGCCAAUGAUCCAGUGAGUACGAGACGAGCUGAUGUUACUUCCCAAGUGACAGAUACCGAUGUUAGAGCGUCUGUUUCGCAACCUGAGGUAAUGGUGAAAGCUGGUCAGACUUUAACUCUUGCAUCGCCCGCUACGGGAUUACCAAAACCAGUUAUCUCGUGGUACAAGAACGGUACUCGACUAGUUGCAGGCGAUUAUGUUAGCUUUUUGUCCGACGGUUCCCUUGAAGUGAGAAACUUCGUUGCCCAAGAUGCUGGAACAUAUCAGAGUCAAGCUGCUAGUGGAGGUAAAGUAGACAGUCAAGAAACAGAGGUCAUACUUGCAGAUUUUCCAUCCAUACCAAAGCCAGUGAGCAGAUCUCCGCAGAGACCUCUUCCUGAUGUUGAUCAAUUCUACGACGCAGGCCAAACUGCUGAGAUUGUUGCGGGUCGGUCUGUAACAGUCAACGUUCCUGUUAUGGGCAAUCCACCUGCUGAUAUCUCGUGGCAACUUCCGUCCGGACGUCGUUUAUCGUCUGGAGAACGGGAGGGAAGAUAUUCUGUGAGUGAGAAUGGGCAACUACAAAUUCAGACUGUUGAAGUUUUGGACAACGGAGACUAUACGGCAACAGUGGUGAACGCAGCAGGAAAGUCAUCAAGAGUGACUCCUGUCAGAGUAUUUGAAUCUCCCGACAUAGUCAGAGAUGUUGAGAAUAAUGUUGCCGUGACGGGUCUGCUUGAAGAAAACAGACCCAUAAGACCGUCUAAGUUAAACGGUGCAUUCAUCGUACGCCCUGGCACCAGUGUAGCCUUAGAAGGAGCCGCUAAUGGUAGACCGUCCCCAGUAGCACGGUUUCUGAAAGAUGGCGAAAUGAUAUCGGCUGAAGGGAAGUUCUCGUAUGACCGAACAAGCGAUGGUGGCUUGAGACUGGUGAUCGACGAUGUCACAACCGCAGAAAACGGUACUUACACGUUUGUGGCCGAGAAUGAAGCUGGUUCCGUUGGCUCGUCUGUCGACGUACUUGUGGAAGGGACUAGUGGAUAUCCGCUCAUUGGAAGAAGGCCAGGACGGGCCCCUGUGCUAGACGGAAAUACUAUUACUGCAGUUGUUGGUACAAAUGAAAACGUUCUCGUUCAGAUGGGACGCGAUUUGGGCCUGGUGACGGAGGUCACGGGUGACGGCCCUUUUGAGAUAACAUGGACGAGAGGAGACAAUGUUUUGACGACUAGUUCAUACCCGGAACCGGUUACGCACACACUCAAUUUGAAUGACUUUCGAAAGAACGCGGCUGGAACAUACAAAGUUACCGUAAGUAACAACGAAGGAUCUGACACAGAGGAGAUCGACUUAUUGUACGACGUACCAGUACGGCCCAAGUUACAAGAUCCCGAAGGUGAGGUUGAGUUUCCUACUCCUGACCGCGAUGUAAGCUACGCAGCAGGCCAGCGUGCCUCGGCCAUUCAAGGAAGGACUUGGCAAGCGUAUUGGUGUGGGCGAAUCAUACGGACGUGCCCGAGUGAUGGACGAUAA